UAAAUUUAAAAUAAUACUUUAAAUUUAAUAGGUUUUGUUCCAACGUGAUUAUAAAAUUAUAGAUAUAAUCAAAAUUUUGGUAAUUUCAAUUGAAUUUCUCUUCCUGGUAAUCAGUUUUAUUUAAACCAUUUGGAGAUAAUAUGAAAUUUGUUUUGAAAAUCAAAAUGAUGCGCUAUUGUAUUACCUAUUUGUAUUUUAUAUAUAUCGCAAUCUUUAAUAUUAUUUAAGUUUAUUUUUCAUAUAUUACAAAUCAUAUAUUUUCGAUUAAAAUAUACUAUGCUAUAUGAAUACUGAUUAUUCAUUGUUCUUUAACAUAUAGAUGGUGCUGCAAUCUAAUUAUACGCAGAUCAUUAAAAAUUAUAAUUCUUUCAUUGACAAUAUGAAUUUUUAUUUUAAAAUAUAUGUGAAUGUAAAAUAUAUGUGAUCGAAUUUUUCUAGAGCAUUAUUGUAUUUAUAAUUAAUAAAUAUGUAAAAGUAAAUAGUAAUGAUUGCAGAAGUUUUCAUGUUGAAAACUAACAAAGUAUCGUACAUAACAACGUAUUAUAUUAGUUACCAGAAUUAUAAUUAAAUUCAAAUCUCGAAUAAAUGUCUACAGCAUAUUUAACAUAUUUUGGCAAAAAUGAUUUUUAAGUUACAUUGUUCCAUAAGUUUUAAACACCUCGCGUGCUUCUUAUGUUUAUUACAUUACAUCACCUUCUGGCGAAAUAUCUGCAGCAAGUUUGUGUGUAUGAAGACGACCGACAAGAAUCGUAGAUUAACGUCUAUAGUCUAUACAAACGAGGAGCAAGAAACGUAAUAAUAUAAAUUUUCAAGCAUUCUUUACACAAAAAGCAAACUGUUUCUAAUAAACGUUUUCGAAUAGAAUUUUUUUUUCCAUUUCACUUUUCUUUGCUCGUUUAUCUUUAACCGUGAUUUUUGAAAAAAGCUCUCAAUAAGCAAACUCGAAAGCAAAAAGCAUACACGAAACAAAACGGCGCUUGCUCAGGUUCGCAGAGUGGCUGGGCAUGCCUAGUAGCGAUGCGACAGGAACGCGAAGUUGGAGGAACGCCGUUGUGGUGGCGCAAUAGCGAAGUGCCGUCGGAACGCGGUGUCUGCAGUCAAGUCAGUCGCUUUGCCGGCUGUUAGUGUUGUUGGUGCAUCGUCGAGAGUGGCCUCGCUCCGAGAGGCACAGGAUAUUGAUUUGCACGCUGUCUCGUACGAUUUUCAAUUCAGGAUCAACCGUGGUGCUUCUCGUACCCCUUGAAACGAGUAAGUUCCGAGGUACGGGUACCAGAACUCAGCGAACAGACUGGGUGACGCUGGAUCAUGGAUGUUACACUUUUGCUGUUAGCUCUGGGUGUUAUUGCUGCGAUGUUCGGUGUUGUGGCGACGAGGUUCGGUUUCCCUGGGUUCAACAAGAUUGCCCAGGUCGCGCUUGCUUUGGCCUUACUUCCAGUUAUCUGCAAAUUUCAUCGGAAGCUAUAUAUCAUUUGCAAAGUUCUACCUCGUGACCUAAAAUUCCUGUAUCGUGCCGUUACGGCAGAAAUCGAAAUAAAAGGGCAACGUCGAAACAAUAUGACCGUCGUGAAGGUUUUUAAGAAAAGAGUGGAUCGUUAUCCUAACAAGCCUUGCUUCUUCUUCGAGGAUCAAGUUUGGACUUAUUCCGACAUUAACAAAUAUAGCAACCAGAUAGCAUAUAUUUUUCAAAAAGCUGGCUACGUAAAAGGAGAUGCUGUGGCCUUAAUGAUGCCCAAUAGACCAGAAUAUGCCGCGAUUUGGCUUGGCCUGGGAAAACUCGGUGUCGUUACUGCACUGAUUAACACGAAUUUGCGUCUCCAGUCUUUGAUUCAUUGUCUUCGUAUCGCUGAAGUGAAGAGUAUCAUUUACGUGGAAGAAUACUCGUCUGCCGUCGAUGACAUUAUGGACUCGAUCCAGGGAAUCGCGAGAUACAAAGUAUGUUUCAAGUCUGAAACCUGUGAGAACGGAGUGUACGAUUUGAACAAACUUAUAUCGGAAGCCAGCACGAACGAGCCUGUCGUAAAAGACGAACCCAAUUACCGGGAUAAGCUGCUAUACUUUUACACAAGCGGUACCACUGGUUUACCGAAAGUUGCAAUAGUUCUCAAUUCGAGAUACUUGCUGGUCGUAAUGCCCUUCAAUUUGGUGGGCUUGAGAUCGGGUGAUAUCCUAUACAAUCCAAAUCCCUUGUACCAUACUGCUGGUGGAAUGCUUGGAGUAGGUUUCGCAAUUCUGAAAGGUAUACCAACCGUGUUAAGGACCAAGUUUUCAGUGUCGGCUUAUUGGACAGAUUGCAUCAAAUAUAAUUGUACCGCAGCACAAUAUGUCGGUGAAAUGUGUCGUUACUUGCUGAAUGCACCCCCCAAACCGGAAGAUAAUGCGCAUCGUUUGAGACUCAUGUUUGGAAAUGGCAUGAGGCCGCAGAUUUGGGGCGAAUUUGUCAAACGCUUCAACAUUAAACGAAUUUCCGAAUUCUACGGAUCUAGCGAGGGCAAUGCUAAUAUUGCCAAUUUAGACGGUCGAACUGGCGCCGUCGGUUUUGUGCCACUAAUCGUGCCACGAGUGUUUCAUCCUCUAGCAAUUAUCCGCGUAAAUAACCAGACAUACGAGCCUGUUAGAGGAACCAAUGGCUUAUGUAUAAGAGCAGAAACAAAUGAGCCAGGCAUGUUCAUAGGAUUAAUAAAAGAAGGAGACGCGUUAAGAGAGUUCAAUGGAUAUCUGGAUAAAGAGGAAUCGAAAAGAAAAAUAAUACAAGAUGUGUUUGUGAAAGGUGAUAAGGCCUUUCUAACAGGUGAUAUUUUAGUAGAGGACGAAUGCGGUUAUAUCUAUUUCAAGGAUAGAGUAGGCGACACGUUUAGGUGGAAGGGAGAAAACGUUGCUACUGCAGAAGUGGAGGGAGUUAUCAGUAAUAUUGCAGGAAAAAGAGACGCUACCGUUUACGGAGUUCAGGUGCCUGGAAUGGAAGGAAGGGCAGGAAUGGCAGCGAUAGUUGACCCAGACAGCCUUCUGGAUUUCAAAGCUCUUGCGGAAGGUUUAGAGAAAGCACUGCCAGCAUAUGCUAGACCAAUCUUCUUGCGAAUUGUGAAAGAACUGGAAAUAACAGGGACAUUUAAGUUGAAGAAGAUGAACCUUCAAAAGGAAGGUUUCGAUCCGAGCAAAAUUCAAGACAAGAUGUACUUCUUAUCCGGUAACAAAGAAUACGUCGAAAUCACACCAGAACUUUAUCAAGAGAUUAUUUCCGGAUCGAGAAAGUUCUAGUUGUAACAUUAACGCUUGGCGAGCGACACUCGAUUGUCGAAUAUACUUGUAAAACGAGUACAUAUAUAACUUUUUUUACAACAUGAAUAUGACUUUCUGCACGCGCCUUGUAGAUACAAUGCAUAGGAUAUUAUGUAAUAACAUCAGGCAUGUUAAACCAUAGAAUUAUAGGCGGAUGUUUUUUGAACUUAUGAAAAGAAAGGGAGAGAGUUAUUUUUACGAGGGCUCAAAAAUAGGAAAAAGAGAUAAGCGAAAAAGAAAUUACAUUUUUGUCAUCAACGACGGGAGACGAAUAUGGUGACAUGUUCCUGUUUAUUUUAUAAAUACUGUGUAUAUUUUUAAUCAAACGAAACGGUCCGUAGUAUAAGACAAAUUGGCAUUGUAGGUAGGAAGAUAGCAACGAAUAAAGUCAUUCUUAACACGUAAUGCUGAUUUUUCAUCAGAAAUACCUUAUUUAAGCAUAUAGAAAUUUCUCAGGUCUUUAGAUAAUUCUACCUGCGACUAUAAAACAAUCAAAAAGAAAUAAAUUACUUACGUCUGCAGUAUUUAGAUUACAUGUAAUUUGUCACCUCGUAUAUCGUUUGCAAAUUUAUUAUUUAUACGUAUAUGUUUAUUGAAUUUGCACUCGUCCCAUUUGCGUUUAUACCAAAAUGCCGAUAGAUUAAAAACAAAAUGUGAAUAUACACGAUGAUUAAGCAUAAUAUUAUAUGUAAGCUCAACUUAUUCUACUAGCUCCGUCAAGAUAUGAUAGAU